AUGGGCAGAGGCGGUGGCUAUUUUGUCGUUGAUGAAAAAUGUAGGAAGUGGCUCGACUACUAUGGAAAACUUCGUGAACAGUAUGUUUCGAGUAUGUGGACGCAUUUUUCCCGGUCAUUUAUGAUCUUCUAUUUAGCGUGUGCCGCCAAAAGGCUAUGCUGUAUCUUCGGCUAUCUGAUCCUGAGAAGCUAUGCAGUUGAGGAGGAAAGCCAAGAAGAAAUGGCUGCACAGCUAGCUCAAGUCGAGGAAAUGUUGAGUGCGGAAGGAGCUGUGCGUGAACCACGAGCCGUUGGAGAUGGAAGUGAAGCUGAACCGUCACCACAACGUGAAGAUGCUGCUACAGACGAUGAAUUGGAUGAUCGUGAAGAUGAAUCGGACCAGCCUGUCAGUUCAUUUUCAGAAGAAUACGAUUCUUCAGAGGAGCGACCAGUUCAUCGAUCAGCCGGUGAACGUGGAUUGGAAGGAGUACCAGAGGGGCAACAGCAACAGCAGGAAGUGAUAGCCGGUGAUCAUGAAAUGGCAGAAGUCCCAGACGUACAACAAGCUGUGAUAGAAGGUGAACAUGAAAUAGAUCAGGUGCCAGAAGAGCAACCGGUUCUCGUAGUCGGUGAACAUGAACUGGAAGACGUUCUAGAGGAGCAACCGGGUGUGGAAGCCGAGGUGCAACAGGCUGUCGUAGAAGGUGAACAUGAAAUGGAGCAAGAACCAGAGGCGCAUCCGGGUGUGGAAACCGGUGAACAUGCAAUGGAGCAAGAAGCACAGGAGCAACUAGAUGUUGUAGCUGGUGAUCAUGAAAUGGCAGAAGUGGCAGAAGAGCAGCCGGGUGUGGUAACCGGUGAACAUGAACAGGAACAAGAACCAGAGCAGGUUGAACCCGAAGUGGAAGAAGAACUGCCGAUGAUAGCUGAUCCCGCGAAAGUGCUUGACUACAUGCGAAUGCAUAAUAGAAGAGCGUGCGUUGGGGCGGAUUUGGGUUUUCUACAUGAGCGAAUAUGA